UCAAUCAUAUGGCGAUGGAGAACAGCGAAUCGUCAUAAAUUCCACAUCGCAGUUCCGUUCCGUCUCGUCUGCACUUUCUUACACUUGUCGCUUAUGCAAAAUUAAACGAGCCAUCUGAUUCGGUUGUCAGUGGAAUACACGAGGCGCUCCAGGAAAGUGGAGAGAAGUGCAAUCGAGAGGAAUCGGAUCACCGGGGUACGCGAAUACAUGCGAUGCGCUCGACGACGACGGCAAUAGUCAUUCAUUAGUUAACACAUACGCAGCACAGUUCGACAUCACAUAACCGCAGCUACAAAUAUGUUUAUUUGGGACUGGUUCGCUGGAGUGCUGAAUUAUCUCGGACUAUGGAAGAAGAGUGGGAAGCUUCUCUUUCUAGGUUUGGAUAAUGCUGGGAAAACUACAUUGCUUCACAUGCUCAAAGAUGAUCGUUUAGCUCAACAUGUACCCACACUACAUCCAACAUCUGAAGAAUUGUCUAUCGGAAAUAUGAGAUUUACAACUUUUGAUCUUGGAGGUCAUACUCAAGCGCGUCGCGUAUGGAAGGAUUAUUUCCCAGCUGUGGACGCGAUAGUAUUCCUUGUUGACGCGAGUGACAGAACAAGAUUACCAGAAUCAAAAGCCGAGUUGGAUGCACUGUUAACUGAUGAGCAACUUAGCGCGUGUCCAGUUCUUGUGCUAGGCAAUAAAAUUGACAAACCAUUAGCAGCUUCUGAAGAUGAACUUAGAAAUUUCUUUAAUCUAUAUGGACAAACAACAGGAAAGGGUAAAAUUGCUCGCAGCGAGAUACCCGGCCGUCCGCUGGAACUGUUUAUGUGCUCAGUCUUAAAGCGACAAGGAUAUGGCGAAGGCUUCCGUUGGCUCGCACAGUAUAUCGAUUGAACGUAUAUAUUAUAUACAUGACAAAUUCACAACAGUUUCAUCAUGCAUUUCCCUUUCCUGUGGUAACAGUACUGCUCUGCCAGAACUGUAAUCUUCACGUGAAUUCAGCAAUAGGAAAGGAAAUAUUCAUUAAAAAAGGAAAAAAAGAACAAGCAGUAACCGAAACUCAACACAAUUUUCAAUAGAGACAAGAGACGAAUAUUCUUGAGAAAUGCGCGAGGCAUAGGACAAAUAUCCUUUCAUUGACGUUGGUACACGAGAAGGUCCAGCAAACGUCUCUUUUUUUUUCGAAUACUUAGAUUUUUAUUUAAAUUCCAUGGAAACUUAUCUCAUUUUGUGGGUCACAUUAGGGGAAAUGAUCAUUAAUACGUGCUAAAGAAUGAAAUAAAAACAUUUUGAUAAAAUAAAACUAAUAAAAACUAUUUAAGAAUUCCAAAUGUUUUGUAGAUUUAUUUUUAGCGAUGUUACACUUGAAGAGAAAUGUCAUAAUGCAGAGUAAUAUAUCGUAUGCAUCGCGCGUGGCUUCUGGAAAAUUUAAAGCUUACAGUAUGUAAUUUAUGAAAGAGAUGAUUUAUUAAUUGAUAUUUUUAUUCAGUGUGCUUUUUAUCCUUUUUUCAUUAAUUUAAUAUUUAAUAUUUUAAGUAAUAUGUUAUUAGAAUCACAGAAUGAUGCUGUUAAAUACAAUUUUAUAGUUAAAUUGUUGGUAUUUACCUUUAUGUUGUUUUGUAUUUUUAUUUAUACAAUCUCAUAUUUGUGCCAAUUUUAUAUAUUCUUUCAAAUCUAUUAUUCAGCAGAUGCAGGAUACGUAUGAAUAAUUUCUCGUUUCACAACGAUUACGAAACAACUAAACCAGUUGAAAUUAUUAGAUAGGAUAAUUAUAUCAUUUGUUAGCAAAUUGUGGAAUUGCAUAUCUCUAUUAUAGCUGAUAUAUCAUUUGGAAAUCAUCAUGUAUCAUGCUUAACGUUUUAGAACAAUCUUCAAUUACACAUGAUUUGUAAAUUACGUUACUGUUACAAAUUGAAACUGUUCAUAAGUUAUGUAGAUAGUCGAAAAAUUUAUGUUAUAAUUUGUUUGUGGUGAAUCUAGCUUAUAAAUCUUAAAGUUGCUUCCAAAAUAAAAAUCGAAGUUACGAAGAAUA